CAUGUUGUAUUAUGUUAAUGGAGUAGUUAUUGUAUUGAAUUCCAUUUUCGAAAGGAAAUUCCGCGACAAACGAACAACACUCACUCGCCAAACAGGAGACAGAGAGAGAUCAGAGGCUUUAGGGUUAGGGUUUGACAAUGGAGGGUUGGGAUCCUAACACCAAGUCGACUCUAACGCAGAUACCUCUUCUAUCAACGAAAGCCGGCCCACGCGAUGGUGCUGCAUGGACGCAGAGGCUGAAGGAGGAGUACAAGUCAUUGAUCGCCUAUACUUCCAUGAACAAGUCCAAAGAUAACGACUGGUUUCGCAUCUCCGCUGCAAAUCCCGAGGGCACCAGGUGGAUCGGCAAGUGCUGGUACGUCCACAACCUUCUCAAGUACGAAUUCGAUCUCCAAUUCGACAUUCCCGUCACAUACCCCUCCACCGCCCCUGAGAUCGAGCUUCCCCAACUCGAUGGCAAGACACAUAAGAUGUAUAGAGGAGGGAAGAUUUGCUUGACGGUGCAUUUCAAGCCUCUUUGGGCCAAGAAUUGCCCAAGGUUUGGAAUAGCACAUGCCCUUUGUUUGGGUCUUGCACCAUGGCUUGCAGCAGAGGUUCCCAUUCUUGUGGAUUCUGGUAUGAUUAAGCACAAAGACGAUAUUGCCUCAGCCAGUGAGUCUUAGUAAUUUUAGGUACUGCUGAGGGUGUAAUGAUGAUGUUUAACUUUUCACAGAGAUCAUAUUUUGGGUAAAAAAUAAAUGUUGAAUCGUUGAUGUGUAAUUUAUGGGUUCACUGCAAGGUUUACAAUAGAUAUAUUGUCAAAAUUGAUUUUUUUGAUCUGAAACAUGAAUUUUGAAAAGCUUCUUGCCCUCUA